AUGAGCGAGAUAGCCAGCACGGCGCGAGUGCAGCCAAGCAAGGCCAACGAGUACUACACGGACGUGGACGACACGACGAUCGGGUCGCACCAGGGGCGGCGGCGGUCGUCCGCGAGCUCGCCGGGCCACGGCGUGCCGCAGCUAGUGCCGACCGCCAGCUCGGAGGUGCCGCCGCACUCGGCGGGGAUUGAGCGCGGCUCUGGCGGCGGCUGGCGAACGCGCUGGUUCAGCUUCUCCUUCGACUACUUCAAGACGCGCUUUUUCUGGUAUGCGCUGGUGCUGGGCCAGGUGCUGGCGUUGUGCAUCACGUCGACCAAUACGUUCUCGACGCUGCUCGCGAACGAGGGCACCAAUAUCCCGUCCUUCCAGACGCUGUUUAAUUAUAUCUUGCUUUUCCUUGUGUACACGCCGUAUACGAUCUUUAAGUAUGGGUGGAAGCGCUGGUUUACGCUCCUCUGGAAGGAUAGCUGGAGGUACAUCAUCUUCGCCUUCCUCGACGUCGUAGGCAACUACCUCGUAGUCCGCGCCUACAACUACGCAACGAUCCUAUCCUUGCAGCUGAUAAACUUCGCCGCGAUCCUCGUCGUAGUGAUCGUCAGCCUAAUCUUCCUGCACGUACGGUACCACCUGACGCAGUACGCGGGCAUCCUAGUGUGCAUCGGGGGGAUGGGCCUCUUACUCGCAAGCGACCACAUCACGGGCGGAGACGGCGACGCCACGGACCAGCUCAAGGGCGACCUGCUCGCGCUCGCCGGCGCUGCGUGCUACGGCCUCGCCAACACGCUCGAGGAGUUCCUCGUCUCCAAGCGGCCCAUCUACGAGGUCAUUGGCCAGCUCUCCCUCUGGGCCAUCAUCAUCAACGGCGUCAUCUGCGCCAUCUUCGACCGAGGCAGCUUCGCUACCGCUACUUGGAAUGGCGACGUCGCUGGCUACCUUGUUGGCUAUACCCUUAUCUUGUUCAUCUUUUAUAGCUUGACCCCCAUCAUGUUCCGCCUCUCCAGCGCCGCUUUCUUCAAUAUCUCCCUCCUCACCGGCAACUUUUGGGGCGUCAUCAUUGGCAUCCAUGUCUUCCAUUACACAGUCCAUUACCUGUACCCUAUCGCUUUCGUCCUCAUUAUUGUGGGCUUGUUCAUCUAUUUCCUGUCCGAGGGCGUCUUUGGAGAGGCGAAGAAACCUUGGUUGGGCGAGGACCAGGAGGAGGGCGUGGUUGGUGUUGGGACGGCCAAAAAGAUGCAGGAGCAACCUGGUGCUAUUGUUUAG